GGCCUCGCAGCCGGCCUGGGAGCUCGGCUGGGCGGAGCGGCGGGGGCCAGCGCCCUUGUGCCGGGGACGUUAUUUAGCCGGCAGCCUUCAGCGGGAGCAGAGUGACUCGCUGGGCACCGACAGCCUCUAAUAAACGACAGGGCUUCAUGGUUUUCACCGCGCGGUCUAGUCACGAGGCUGAAUUGUUGUUUUAACUUGAGACAGGCAGGCAGAAUGAAUGUCAGUUGGGUUGUAAACGUCAUAAAACACUUCCUUGAGUACAGUCUUCAGAGAAAUCGUUGGUUUGUGCCCAGGUCGGUUGAGCGGCUGCCCCUCCUUCAGCGCAGACGGAUCCCUCUCCUCUGCCUCGGGAGGUGAAGCUGCAGCGGUUCUAAAACCAAACCCGGAAAGGCACGUGCCAGUGCCUGGCUUCUCUCAGACGCGUGCUUUAGAGGAAAGGAGCAACUUGCCACAUAAAGGAAUUCGGAGCCCCAUAUGCCUUGAGGUGCCUCAUUGAUCUGGUUCACUUUUGUUUCCCCCUGCUCCUGUUUUCUCGUCGCAGAAUUAUGGAUCCGAGCCUGCUGAGAGAACGAGAGCUAUUCAAAAAAAGAGCCCUCUCUACUCCUGCUGUAGAGAAACGUCCAGUGUCUUCUGAUUCUUCAUCUUCUAAAAAGAAGAAAGCAAAAGUAGAGCAGGGUGGAUCAUCAAGCUCAAAACAAAAUGCAGAUCACAGUAAUGGGUCAUUUAAUUUGAAAGCCCUUUCUGGAGGCUCUGGUUACAAGUUUGGUGUCCUUGCUAAGAUAGUGAAUUACAUGAAGACACGGCACCAGCGUGGUGAUACGCAUCCACUAACUCUAGAAGAAAUUUUGGAUGAAACGCAACAUUUAGAUAUUGGUCUCAAGCAGAAGCAAUGGUUAAUGAGCGAGGCUUUAGUCAACAAUCCCAAAAUAGAAGUUGUAGAUGGGAAAUAUGCUUUCAAGCCCAAGUACAAUUUGAAAGAUAAAAAGGCUCUGCUCAGGCUUUUGGACAAGCAUGACCAACGAGGACUGGGAGGAAUCCUAUUGGAAGAUAUUGAGGAAGGGCUGCCCAACGCACAAAAAGCUAUAAAGGCUUUAGGGGACCAGAUCAUCUUUGUUAAUCGCCCUGAUAAGAAGAAAAUUCUUUUCUACAAUGACAAGAGUUGCCAGUUUACAGUGGAUGAAGAAUUUCAGAAAUUAUGGAGGAGCAUUCCUGUAGAUUCUAUGGAUGAAGAGAAAAUUGAAGAGUAUCUGAAACGACAGGGUAUUUCUUCCAUGCAGGAAGCUGGACCAAAGAAAAUAGCUCCCAUUCAGAGGAGGAAGAAACCUGCUUCUCAGAAGAAACGAAGAUUUAAGACUCACAAUGAUCAUUUGGCUGGAGUGCUGAAGGAUUAUUCUGAUGUUGUUCCUGGCAAACAGUGAAACAGUUCAGUUCUAAAGCAAGCAUAGGUUUAUUUAGGCUCUUUGCCUCUUGAGGUCAAUGUUGGCUGGAAGAAAGACUGACUGUAUAUUGUAAUGUGGUGUGUCCCCCUUUCCUGCAGCUGUCACAGUGAAACCGUUCUGACUAGGAGCAAAUACCAAUAACCCUAUUUAGGGUAUAAUUUAACUAGCUAAUAGAAAUAUGACUUUGAGUAAGAGGUAUUCACUGACAGCCUUUCAGUAUUAAGGGUUCCUCAGCAUGUGAUGCUAGAGUUCCCAUGAAAUGCUUAACUACACAUUUGAAUCAUUUAGUGGAUAUUUUCCUAGAGUGGGCUUGCAGAUAGAAUUGGAUACAACAUUUGUUUUAUCUAUUUCAAGAGGACAUAUUUAUAACAGUUGCAAAAGCAUUUCUUUUAAAGAGAUACGGGCAUUGUAUAUUUCUACUUCAUCUUGGAAUUGAGCUUUACUGAAAGUUGAUGUCUAAGAUGAGAAUUCCCAUCAGGCUGCACAGUGGUUAUGUAGUUCAUCAGAAAUCGUCCUCAGGACAUUGCUGAUGACAUCCAUGUAGUGCAAUGGUGCCCACUGUUUUUUACCCCAUGGGCCAAAUGAGCAGUGCCAGGUUGGUCGUGGGCUGGAUUCCAAUCCCACCACUCAGAGCCUGAAAAUUUGGUGAUGGAGGACCAGUGCUGGUGUUAAUUGCCACCACUCCCCUGCCAGCAAAUUUCCAGAGCAGUGGAGAGCCCCACAGACUAGGUGACAUGACUAUGCAGGCUGGAUCUAGCACGCAGGCCAGGGGCUAAGCACCCGUGCUGUAGUGGAAUGCCACAUGUUCCACAACUUUGAAUUAUGGGAUUAAGAAAAUGCAAAUACAAUGCUAAGGUUUUUGGUUUUUAAUAAAGCCCAUAAAGGUGAUGUCCCUAUAUACUGUCUUCAUAGACAAGUCAUGUAAAAGAGAUGACCAGCAUCUUUCGGGACUGUCACAUUUUCCCUCCCAAGCUGAAGUAAAGGAUUUUGAGCAAAAAGAUGUCAAGUGCUAGUUCAUCUUUCAGUAACAUCUGAUGCUGUUCUCGCUCUUUUUUUUUUUUUUUUCUUCCUUUUUUUUUUUAGGCGGGGGUGUAGCACCUUAGGUGUGCAUGUUAUAUGUAGUUUACAAUAUUCUAUGUUAUAUCUUUUGACUAAUAUGAAACUUAGCAGUUAGACAUAGUUUGGCUAAUUUACGAUUUUACAUAAGGAACAGAAAGGCAAUUGGUACUAAUUUUGUUUUCAUGGAAUCGCAAAUGAGCAGCAGAUGACAUGCUUUUUGAAGGAUUUUGCAGGAAGUUAAAUGAAAAAGUGACUGAUAGUUGUUUUUAAGAACUUUUUGCACAUG